GCGAGAAAAAAUAAAACAGAACAAACAGAGUGCUGGCCAAAUUUGCUCACCAUCUGUAUAUCUGUGUCUAAGCCAGAGUUUGUCGUUGUGUCUAUGUGUGUGUGUGUGUGUGUGUUGGCCAGCUCCAAAACCUGCUGCUAUUAUUAGCCUUAGCCAAGAUUAUGGGCGAUUUCAUUAUGGCGCUGCAAUUUGCUGUGCCGCCGCAAAAAUACCAAAAAAAAAACAAUAUAAGCAAAGUUUAGGCCGAGAAGAUUUGAGCUAAGUUAGACGAGUUCCGAAGUCUUGGCCAUUGUGUUUGGGCCGACUCGAAACCGAUUCGAACCAACUUGGGAGAAGCUGCAACGCCUUUCAUUCAUUCAUUCAUGCCAAGCUAUGAUGAUUAUAUCAUACACCUCGCGCUCUAUCCCAAGUAUUUAAUGUGUUGGCUGGCAUUUUGGUCAGAACCAGUAAAGGUUUUUGGCCCACACACACACCAACACGCAUGGAGACGACGUCAUCGCCUUGAUUUUAAUAUUAAUAUUUCUUAACAUAUUUAUGUUUGUCGGUGUUUUUCGGUGCAGCAGUCAAGUGAAGUGUGUAAUGUAAUGAAAUGUGUACAGCAGCCAGAAACUAACAACCUGUCGCACUGGCUGGCAAAAAGCGUUAACAAUAAAUAAGAGAAACAAUACCAACAGCAACGCCAGUUCAACUGUAUAACAAUGAGGAGAGAAGGCACCUCGAGGAAUUGCUAGUCGGGUCCAUUAGCAGUCAAUCAGCCGAAGAGCCAGCAGAAGAUACAGAUACAGCAAGAGUAAAAGGUACAGGAUGCACGAGAGACAAGUGAAGAAGUUGAAAGGCAGCCAUUAUGUGGCCACGCACGGUCGCCUCACUCCGGAUCCGCCCUACGUGCACUCGAAUCGGGGCUAUUCAACGGACGGAGAUGAGACGCACUCCCAUCGGGCUCCCUCAGAGCGGACAUACUCGGAGUACACCCUGACUCACGAGCGCAUUUCGCCUCAGUAUAAUCCGUCACGCAAGAAGCGCUCCUCCUCGAAUGGCCACCAUCAGCACCUCCAGAGCAGCUACAGCCACAGUCAGAUGGGUCUCUCCAGUUCGCCGGAUAACGGAGGACCCCGGUCGCUUAGUGGUCCACCGCCCACGCGCCAGCCACCGCGUGCUCCAUCCGCCUUGAGUUAUGAUCAGGCUGGGGAUGCCGGAAGUGACAUCUAUGUGACCAGUGCCGCAUACAAGGCUCCCUCCGAGAUAAGUCGCUAUAGCCAGCGACCUGUGUCGCGAGGAGCUCCACGAAGUGUCUACUCGGUGGCCAGCACGGCUAAGACCGGACGGAGUGCCCGCUCGACGACCAGGAGGGGCGCCAAAGUUGAGACAAUGUCCGCGCCGAAUCCAUUCUGUCCAAAUGUGAAGGGCGUGUGCUGCCUGAUGCUACUGCUGAAUCUGGGCCUGAUCCUGGUCACCUUAGGAUUCGUAAUAGUGGUGCAGUUCUAUGAGCCGCUUUAUGUAUGGAUCUUGGGCAUUGUAUUCCUGAUCUUCGGAUUCAUAACGCUGAUCGGCUGCAUGAUCUAUUGCGUAUAUGUGUUCCGGGACGCCAAGACGCCGUCCCAGGUGCGAAAUGAGGAUCUCUAUUGGACGCGACACUGGCAGAAGAAUAUUGGAUACACGCCGCAGGAGAUCAACUACAAGGCGGACAAAUAUGAUGCUUAUUCCGAUCGCUAUUCGGUUAGCAAGCUGAGUGGAAAAUAUUCGGAUCGCGAGAGCCAGCGAUACUGAUUCAUUGUUAUUACAUAUACGGUUUGAUUAGGGGAUCCUUCAGCCAGAGACGAAAAUAUAUCCAUAGAAACGUAUAAACCACUUAUAUCUUAACUAAUUGUAAGACUAUGUACUAGUUCUAAACGGUUAUUAACAAGGCCCCUCAACGUACCUGCUGCAAGUUGCUUGCUAGUUUGUAUGUUCUAAGAAAGAAACUGGAAGGAAACGAGAGGAUACAUCAGAGUAUUGUAAUCUGCCAUAUUUGAAAAGGUUUACCGCUCGUUCGGCUAAUCAACAAGAGAGUUUUAUUCUAAAAUUGUAACUGCAAUUGUAACACAUGAGAAAUAAACAAGCGAAUAAUACGUAAUACGGAAAGCAA